GCCGCAGGAAUUGUCGUGGAUAUGAUAAGAUCUAAAAAAAUGGCAGGGCGUGCAGUACUCCUUGCUGGACCUCCAGGGACAGGCAAAACAGCAAUCGCCUUGGCUAUUGCUCAAGAACUUGGAAAUAAGGUUCCAUUUUGUCCGAUGGUUGGCUCUGAAGUUUUUAGUACUGAAAUUAAGAAGACGGAAGUACUAAUGGAAAACUUUCGUCGAGCAAUUGGUUUGAGAAUAAAAGAGACAAAAGAAGUAUAUGAAGGAGAAGUUACAGAACUGACUCCUUCUGAAACUGAAAAUCCCAUGGGUGGUUAUGGGAAGACUGUCAGUCAUGUAAUAAUUGGUCUAAAGACUGCAAAAGGGACAAAACAACUCAAGCUUGAUCCUUCAAUUUAUGAAUCAUUGCAGAAGGAAAAAGUAGAAGUUGGAGAUGUGAUAUAUAUAGAAGCAAAUAGUGGAGCUGUUAAAAGGCAAGGCCGAAGUGAUACAUUUGCCACAGAAUUUGAUCUUGAGGCAGAAGAAUAUGUUCCUCUUCCGAAAGGUGAUGUUCACAAAAAAAAGGAAGUUAUUCAAGAUGUUACUCUACAUGACCUAGAUGUUGCCAAUGCACGUCCGCAAGGAGGUCAAGAUAUUUUAUCAAUGAUGGGCCAGCUAAUGAAACCCAAGAAAACAGAAAUCACAGAUAAACUCAGAAAAGAAAUCAACAAAGUUGUUAACCGCUAUAUUGAUCAGGGGAUUGCUGAACUUGUACCUGGAGUUUUGUUUAUUGAUGAGGUGCAUAUGUUAGACAUCGAAACAUUCACUUACUUGCAUCGUGCUUUAGAAAGCGCAAUUGCUCCAAUUGUUAUAUUUGCUACCAAUCGAGGAAGGUGCAGCAUCCGUGGAACAGAAGAUAUUGUUUCACCUCACGGUAUCCCCCUUGACCUUUUGGACAGGUUACUAAUCAUACGCACAUUACCAUAUUCUCGUCCAGAGAUGGAGCAAAUUCUUCGUCUUCGGGCCACGACUGAAGGUAUUCAAGUCGAUGAGGAAGCUUUGUCUCAUCUCAGUGAAAUAGGCACACGAACUACUCUCAGGUAUGCUGUACAGCUACUUACUCCUGCAUCUCUUACUGCCAAAAUUAAUGGCCGUAAUGCCAUUGCAAAGGAAGAUAUUCAGGAAGUUGGUGACCUCUUCCUGGAUGCAAAGGCAUCAGCAAAAAUAUUGAGUCAGAAUAAAGAGAAGUAUAUGAAAUAAUUAAAACAAAUUUGAUGGUACCUCAUAUUUAAGAUCCCUCUCUUUAUUAAUCUGAGUAUUUAGGAGAAAAUGUAAUACAAAACUGAAGAAUAUAUACAUUGUAUCAUUUUUGUUGAAGUUUGUAAAAACACAAGUCACAGAUGUGAGCUUUGCUUUACCACACUUAAGCACAGACUCAAAUCAAAGUAGAAUUAACUACUAUGCUGAGGAAAUUUGUAUUACAUGGAAUAUGGAAACAAUGUAAUGUGUACUUUUCUGCUUAGUAAAGCUUUCAAC